CCAAUUCCACCACUCUCUGUUUCAGGCUUUCAGCUCUCUCUUCCUCCCAAAUUCACACGUCUUCUUCACGGCUUCACACAUGGAUUUCUGCGGCAAGUCUCUUCGAGAUUCCACUUCUCCCUUUGAUUGCCUUGUUUUCGAUUUGGACGAUACAUUAUACCAUUCAAAGACAGGAAUUGCCGAAGCUUGCAAACGAAACAUAGAAGAAUUUCUAGUUCAGAAAUGCGGAUUUGGAGAAACAAAAGCUUCAAGUCUCCGAGUCGAGCUCUUCAAAAAUUACGGCAGCACUCUAGCCGGUUUGCGGGCAUUAGGCUAUAACAUCGAUGCUGAUGAUUACCACAGUUUCGUGCACGGAAGACUGCCGUAUGAAUUGAUCAAACCUGAUUCACAACUCCGUAGCCUUCUGAGAAGCAUCGCUCUCAGAAAAAUUAUUCUCACCAAUUCCGAUCGAAACCAUGCGAUUAAGGUAUUGGACAGGCUGGGAUUGCAAGAUUGCUUCGAUCAGAUCAUUUGCUUCGAGACAAUGAAUCCGAACCUCCCGAAAUCGACUCGCCUUGAUGAGUUUCCGGUUAUUCUGAAACCAUCAUUGGACGCCAUGAAAAUCGCCCUUGAUGCUGCCAAUGUCAAUCCUCCUCGUACGCUGUUCCUUGACGACAACGUCCGCAAUAUUGCUGCCGGAAAAGCUUUGGGCCUACGAACCGUUUUGGUCGGAAAAACAAUGAAGACCAAAGAAGCGGACUAUGUACUGGAGACGGUGCACAAUCUUGCGCAAGUAAUUCCUGAAAUAUGGCUAGGUGGGAAAGACAGCGAGGAUCAGAGAAUCAAGCGUACAGGAAGCGAACUGGAUGCCACUCUCCCAACCACCCCCGUCGGUGCUUAAGUGUUGUGCUGGGUCCUGAUUAUACCCUCUGUAGUGUCCAUAAUGUCCGUCCAUUGUCCAAAUGAUAAAAGUAAUGCUGCAUGUAUCGUUGUACUUCCACUAAUAACAAUAAGUUCCUUGUACUUGUAAUUAUAAUAUUUAUUAUGGUUAUAACUUAUAAGUGCUUCAGCGAGAUUAUGUAUUGACCAUCCACG